UGAUUCCUUCCUACUGAAUUUUCGACCGAAAAUCUUUACGAAGGGAUCAUUUUCCCGCUAAAACCCUCUUCAUAAUAUCCCGGAUGUCAUAGUGACGCAUGCGCAAAGAGGUCAUUAAUAGACGUUCAAAUAGGCAAGGAGUGAUAUACCUUCCAGCUUGGAUUUGCGUUCAUUCAACAAUAGUGGACCUCUGACUGUUGCCAAUUGUAGACUUUUGCGCCUUCCGACCAUAACAUGAGUGUUGAUAACCUCGCAGUCAAACAAAGAGAUGCCAAGCCGGAAGUCAUGGCGUUAGAAAAGAAGCCAGGUACCACCCAACCCAAAAUUGGGAAGAAAAGUAAAAAAGAAUUUGAAGAUCCUCAAGAAGAGGAAGAAUUGGGUGAAGAGGAAUAUACUGUUGAAAAAGUGGUUGAUUCUCGAAUGAGAGGAGGUCGACGUGAAUAUUUACUGAAAUGGAAAGGAUAUCCAGACUCUGAAAACACCUGGGAACCCGAAGCUAAUUUAGAUUGUCCGGAUCUAAUAGCAGAAUAUGAAGAAAAGCAAAAAAAGAAACUUGCAGAAAAAGAAAAGAAACGGAAACAAAACGGAGAAGACGAAAGUUCUACUAAAAAGAAAAAGAAAAUCGCAGAAGUGAGAUCAACAGAAGAAGACAAUAAACCCAGAGGUUUUGACCGUGGUCUGCAACCCGAAAGAAUAAUUGGAGCAACAGAUAGCAGUGGGGAAUUGAUGUUUUUAAUGAAAUGGAAAGAUAGUGACGAGGCAGAUUUGGUACCCGCAAGACAGGCCAAUGUCAAGUGCCCACAGAUUGUAAUUGCUUUCUAUGAAGAAAGGCUAACUUGGCAUACACACAAUGACAAUGAAGACGAAGAAAAAGAGGAGAGCAAGUCAUGAAUUACAAAUGAUUAAGUUUGUUUCAGCAAUUUUUAUGUCCACAUUUUGUACAGUCAAUCAUCUUGUGUAGUGUCCUAUAACAGUCUGUCUGGGAUGUGUGGCAAUUUUAUUUGGCAGAGAAACUGGUACAAGAGCAUGUUUUAUUACAAACCACAAAAACAAGAUGAGUAUUAAUAAUAGUUCAUCUCUCAAAAUUCAUUGAUAUUGUCACGCCAACUUCUUUCACCCACUCCCCCCCCCCUUUGCUGUACCAUUUUUGGAUGAAUGCUUUUCAUUGUUCUAUGGAAAUCCCUGCUGAUGAAAGUGAAUUAGGUCUUGUUUGUGUUUGGGAAUGAAAUAGGGACAUUGCUGCUACUGCUGGGAUUAGUUGGUAUUCAAAAAAAAAGGAAAAAGAAAAAGAAAAAAAAGCCAAUAUUACAAAAAAAAAAGCCAGCUUUAAAUGCUGAUAAAUCCAAAUUACACAACCUACCCACUUUAACUCCCCAGGAAUUUAUUGUAUUUUACCUUUUUUUACUUCUCUAUCUUCAUUCAAAUAUUCUUUUUAAACAUUACUUCAUUUAAAACCAAAUUUCACCUCCUUUAUAAAUCUCUGCCUCUCUUUUUAGGCAAGGUAAGCAAACUGUUUUUAUUAUAUAAGAAUCGUCCACAUUUGUAAGCUUGUAACAAUGACAUGGAACAUCAAUAUUUGACAAUUAAACAUGAAAGUAAUUAAAUUGUUAAUUAUAGGUUUUCAAAGUGGACUUUUUGCAGUCAUGUACUUUAUUUUUACAAAAAGCUAUUGUACUUACAACUUAUUAGAUUUACUCAUUCACAAAAGUUGUAUAUAUCUCCAUGUAACAUAUCUAUGCCAUUUUUCUUUAGAGACCGUUUCAUUGUGAUCAUGACUCAUCUGAUUUCAUUAUCGGUGACAUACACUUGAUGAUUGUACAGUAGACAACUGGUCCAACCAAGUUUGAUUGUAAUCUGAGCUUGGUGGGGUUUGCUGCAAAGAUUGUUAAUUUGGUUCAAGUAGUCAAUUACGUAAUAUCUUAUAACAAAAGAUUGGAUUGAGAAGAACUGUAUGGGGGUAGGGACAUUGUUGUCGUGUUCCCAACUGCUUCUCACUCAACAACACUUUACUUGGAUCAUCACUAAGGAGGCUACAAGUAUAUGAAUUCUCAUUGUCAUUAGUACCUUUAAGAAUCUCAUAUUGAAAAUUGCUGUUUGUACUGUAUUGUUCAUUUGUGAAGACUUGCUGGAUUAGGAUGCUGUAUGUAAACUUGCUAAUUUCCUUGAUUCAUUACUUGUAUUAGAAAAUGGUAGUGCUCCCAUGCCUGUGUCUCGUGAAAUAAAUGGAUUUUAAUCAAA